AUGGAGAUCAAAGCAACCGACGACGGGCCGUUGACGAAGUCAGCAGUUGUAACUGCAUGGCAGUUCGUAGCGGCCCAUCCCUUCGUGAUCCUUUUCCUGCUCCUGUUUGUACGACCUCUAUGGAGACGCUACUCCUCCCCUUUGCGACAAUUCCCUGGGCCGUUCAUCGCCUCAUGCACCAGAGCAUGGAAAGUCUGGAGUACUUGGUCGGGCCAGACUGAGCAACAUCACAUUGCACUUCACAAGAAAUAUGGCCCAGUCGUGCGCAUUGCACCAAAUGAGGUGUCUUUUGCAAACCCAGAAGCUGCAAUUGAACUGUUCAAGACAGGAAAGGGCUUUCACAAAACAGACUUCUAUGGGGUGUUUCCGCCGCCCGAGAACCCGGAUAUUUUCACCGAGACUCGAGAAGCCGUCCACGGGGUCAAGAAACGAUAUGCAGCAACUCCUUACAGCUUGGCCUCAAUGCAGCAAUGCACACCUCGGAUUGAGGAGACCGAAAAGCUCCUAAUAUCCAAAUUGGACGAAUUUGCCGACAAUAAUAAGAUUUGCGAUUUUGGUGACUGGCUUCAUUUCUUCGCUUUCGAUGUCCUGGGUGAAGUCGCAUUCUCCAAGAAAUUUGGGUUUCUUGAGGCAGGUGUCGAUGUCGACCGCGCGAUCAAGACCAUCGACAAUUCCCAAUGGUAUAACGGCAUCGUGGGCCAGGUUCCGUGGCUCGAUUACCUUUUCCGACGAAACCCACUGUGGAAUCUUAUUCCGUUCAUGUCCAGCAAAAAUGCUCUCAUCACCAAGACAGCACUGGGUCAACUCCAGAAACGCCAGGCCCCUGAUGGAGAAAAGGUUGAGUACAAGGAUCUCCUCAACAGCUUGAUCGUGGCGCAGAAAGAACAUCCUGAAGCCCUAGGUCCGGGAGACGUAUUCGCAAUAGCACACGGCGCCAUCUUUGCGGGCAGCGAUUCCACCGCAAGCACCAUGCAAAGCUUCUUCUGGUACGUGUUGUCCAACAAGAAAGUUUACGACAGGCUAGUUGGAGAGAUCUUGUCCGCCAAUCUGUCCGAGAUGGUCGCGUAUAAUGAGGCGCAGAAUCUGCCCUAUUUCCAAGCCUGUCUGAAAGAAGCCAUGAGGAUUGCUCCUGCUGUCGGGCUGAAUAUCACGAGGAAGGUGCCUCCCGGUGGUGCCGAGAUUGAUGGUGUCAGAUUACCUGAGGGCACCGCCGUUGCUGUGAACGGAUGGGUGUUGCACAGAGACAAGAGUGUCUUUGGUGACGAUGCCGAGGUAUACCGACCGGAACGAUGGCUUGAUGGCGAUAAGGAAAAGGUCAAGAUGAUGGAACGAUGCAUGUUCCAGUUCGGAGGCGGAUCUCACGUAUGCAUCGGACGACAUCUUGCUCUCCUUGAGAUGAACAAGGUGAUCCCCGAGCUUCUUCGACGUUAUGACAUUCAGCUGGUCAACCCUGGAAAGAAGCUUGAGCAUCACUCCAGCUUUUUCGUGGUGCAGUGGGGAUUGUUGACUUAUAUGCGGUUGCGAGAGAAGUCAUGA